AUGUCGAUGAAGUCGAGUAUAUUUGGAAAGAGCGCCAUCCAGGCAACGCUCGAGCACAAACGGAAGAAACCGACCGUCAAAAAACCCCUGAGCCCGGGUGCCCCACCGCCCACCAAUCCCCGAAAAUGGGAUGCAGACCAACUUAUUAAAACCUAUACGAAUAGCGGCACGCUCCCACCGCUUUUGUCGCCGACACUCCCGACAACAGAGGGGGUAGACGCCAUCCCAAUGAAGAUGCUUUCACCGACGCUACCGCCUAGCUUUGACCACUUUGACUCGGAGGAAGAACCAGUACGGACCAAGAAACCAAAACUCUCGCCACAGUCUUUACAGCCUGUUUCCCUUCUUACAAGCCAGUCUUCUAACAAUUCGGUUUAUCAUUCGAGCACGCAUGCGAUUAACGUGAAAUCCACGCCAACUAUCAGCCCGUCUGUUAAGCUGAAUCUGAUGACUAGUCCCUCUAAGCCUGUCCCUGUAAUCCACGUCACUUCCCCGGUAAAGGCAAGCCCGAUAGCUAAUAACUCGUCGAAGUCUGUCCAAAAGCCUAUUCGGUCACUGUCCCCCGAAACCGAUACCAAGGUCAUGUCGUUCGAACGGACGGAACAUAACGGUCGGCACAUGUACAUUAUCAAGAAAACGCCCACAUCGUUCUCGCUCAACGUCAGCCUUGCGCUCCCCCAGCGCUUCCUCUCAAGCUUACCAGAUGCCAGACCAGCCAACAUCUCCAUGGGCCUCGGAAUCUACAAGAAGAAGGCGCAGACAGAGCUGGAAGCGGCUAUCCGCGAGAGACGGGCAUCGCACGGUGAAGCCGUGGUGCGGAAGCCAUCCGUCACGGGGAGGCUCCAGGACAUCCAGGAAGAACGGAGGGAGACACGAAAGGCGCCGAAGAUCGAAAGUGAGAAAGAGGAGCGUGACAAGAAAGAGGACAGAGAGGCGAGCAAGUCACUCUUGAUGAAGAAAAAGGCGCACUGGUCGCUGGUUGCGCGGGAACAAAAGCACAAGGCCGACGAGCUCAAGACGAGCAACCCGAAGCUCGCGCUCUUGUACUGCUUUGACUCGCUUAUCGUCUACAUGGUAGCUUUUGAUUACGAAGACCGCUCGCGGCACGCAAUGAAGCAGUUGCUGUCGGAACGCAACUGGAACUCGCUUCUUCCUUACAUCUCGCACAUCAGCAAGCUCGCAGAGACAGCGAAUCGGCUUUCCCUCGCGGGGCUAUGUCUCCAGUUCCAGGCUGUGAUCUCGCAACACAUUGCCAAGAUUCUCAAGAACGUCAUAGUGUCGUAUCGUGACAAAAAGGCAGGUCUAAAGGAGGCAGAUGCGAAAAAGCUCAGUGAGUUGAACGAGAAGAUUAUCCAGCUCCAGGAAACCAACUUGAAGUGCUGCGAUGAUGUCCGCAGCAUGCUCUACAGGGCGGAGUGUAUUCUUAACCUUGAUGCAUUAAAUAAGUUCUACCCAGAUACUUUCGACAAUAAAGCCCGGAAGCCGUUGCGAGUGGCGAGCCGCGCAGAUCAAAGCUCGUUUUUCCCGGCUGCCGACCUGUUCUACCUUCCGAUUAGUUGUUUUACGUCGUUGCAGGAAAUGGCCGCGUACGGGUACUCAGUGGUGAGAGAGUUUGCCCACAGUGAGGGUUUGCCGUUUGACUGGACACUUGACUCGAAAGCCUAG